AUGAUGUUGUCUCGUCGUGCGUGCUACAAGUGUGGCAACAUUGGCCACUAUGCUGAGGUCUGCUCUUCCUCGGAGCGUCUCUGCUACAACUGCAAGCAGCCUGGCCACGAGUCUAGCGCCUGCCCUCGGCCCCGUACCACCGAGACCAAGCAGUGCUACAACUGCCAGGGUCUCGGUCACGUCCAGGCUGACUGCCCCACCCUUCGCCUGAACGGUGGUGCCAACGGCCGCUGCUAUAACUGCGGCCAGGCCGGUCACCUUGCCCGCAACUGCACCAACCCCGCUGCCCCCGGUGCUGGCCGUCCUACCGGCCCCCGUGGUGGUUUCCAGGGUGGUUUCCGCGGUGGCUUCCAGGGCUACCCUCGUGCCGCUACCUGCUACAAGUGCGGUGGCCCCAACCACUUUGCCCGUGACUGCCAGGCUCAGGCCAUGAAGUGCUACGCCUGCGGUAAGCUCGGCCACAUCUCUCGCGACUGCACUGCCCCCAACGGCGGCCCUCUCAGCUCCGCCGGCAAGGUCUGCUACAAGUGUGCCCAGGCUGGCCACAUCUCCCGCGACUGCCCUACCAACGCCGAGGCUGCUUCUGCUCCUACCAACGCCGAGGUUACUUCUGUUGCUGCCGCCCCCGCUGCUCCCGCCGCCGCUGUUGCUGCUGUCGAGGCUAGCACCGAGGCUGCCCCCGUUGCGGCUGCGGCUCCUACUACCGCUGUCGCAUAA